UUACCCGAAAUCUUUGUCUUGAUUCUGUCAGAAUGGGUCCCGAUCCGAUCGGUUUAUCGUAUUGCAAGUUUACGAAUUCUCGAUACGAAGUCGCGAUAUGAAUAUAAAUGCACAGGUUCAAUGAGACGGUACCUCAUUGUACAUUUCCAGAGUACAGAAAGGCCUUUAAUCUGUUCGACCUGGACCACAAUGGCCGGAUCACCGUCUCCGAGCUCGGCACGGUGAUGCGCAUGCUGGGCCAGAACCCGACGGAAAAUGAUCUCGAGGACAUGAUAGUAGAACACGACCUUGAUGGUAAUGGCACCAUUGAAUUCAAUGAAUUCUCGGUGAUGAUGGACAAGAGGAAAGAGGAGGUUCCCGACCCACAGCAGCAUCUCAGGGACGCCUUCAAGGUGUUUGAUAGGAAUGGCGACGGGCUGAUCAGCGCUGCAGAGCUACGGCACGCCAUGACCAACCUCGGCGAGAAACUGACUGAUGAGGAAGUGGAUGAGAUGAUCAGGGAGGCUGACAUUGAUGGCGAUAACCAUAUCAACUAUAACGAGUUCAUUGGAUCGAUGUAUCCGGGGGAAGAGACCAGGGAUGAUGGCUUUGUAUAGCGCAUGCGCACCUUAUUGCAUGAUGAGACUGAGAUAAUGGCUGUCAUGCUUAUUCGUGUAGUCAGCGGUGCUACGGAAUUUGGACACUUAGAAGUGACUAGUUAUUACUAAUGAUUGUCAGAUGAUGAUAUGUUGAUGUGGCUGGGAAAUUUCAUUUUGUUGAAUAGUUAAUUUGGGCGCAUUUUUGUUCCAAACACUGGAACAGUCAUCAUUGUGAAGGCUUUAUUGAUUAUACUUCUUCCAAUGCCCAUGUUUACCUUUUAAAAACACCCUUAAACUGGACUCAUUGGUCUUUCUCCAGAAACGAGAUACUUAUGUAAUAAAGAAGUAGAAUUUAGCUGUA